AGCAGCCCGUCGGAGCGCGCGGAGCCACAGAGGCGCUGCGCCGCGUGAGGGACGCACGAGCACACGGGCACAACAAGGAGGAGCGGGUCUCGACACGCACGGAGCCCCGGACCGGGUGAAUGCGGUCCUCUCUGCGCCGCCGGACACACACGCACCAUCUUGGUUCGCCCCCGGACGUUCGAGCACGAGCCCGAGGAGUCCACAGUGCCGGUUCCCCGGGAGAAGAAGCGGGAGCGCGCGGGACUCGUGUCCGCUCUGAGAGUGCUGCCUUCCCGCUGAAGUACUGACAGCGUCUCGGGAGGAGCCCCCCCCCCCACCACCACCACCACCACCUCCACCUCCACCACCUCUCUACCCUCUCUGUCUCUCCCGUGGACUGUAGGUGUGUGCGUGUGAGUGUGUAUGUGUGUGUGAGUGUGAGUGCGCGUGUGUGAAGCAGCCGCCAUGGAGAACGCGCACACGAAGAGUGUGGAAGAAGUUUACAGUUAUUUCUGCGUCAACGAGAGCACGGGGCUCUCCCUGGACGAGGUGAAGCGGCAGCGGGAGAAAUGGGGCCUGAACGAGUUACCGGCGGAGGAAGGGAAGUCUUUAUGGGAGCUCGUCCUGGAGCAGUUUGAAGAUUUACUCGUUCGGAUUCUUCUGCUGGCCGCCUGCAUAUCUUUUGUCCUGGCUUGGUUUGAGGAGGGGGAAGAAACCAUCACAGCCUUCGUGGAGCCUUUUGUAAUCUUACUGAUCCUCAUCGCCAACGCCAUCGUCGGGGUGUGGCAGGAGCGCAACGCCGAGGACGCCAUCGAGGCGCUGAAGGAGUACGAGCCCGAGAUGGGGAAGGUUUACCGGCAGGACAGGAAGACGGUGCAGAGGAUCAAGGCCAGAGACAUCGUCCCCGGAGACAUCGUGGAGGUCGCUGUUGGAGACAAAGUUCCCGCCGACAUCCGCAUCUGCUCCAUCAAAUCUACGACUCUGCGAGUGGACCAGUCCAUUCUGACCGGCGAGUCUGUCUCCGUCAUCAAACACACCGACCCGGUGCCGGACCCCCGAGCCGUCAACCAGGACAAGAAGAACAUGCUCUUCUCUGGCACCAACAUCGCGGCCGGGAAGGCCGUGGGCGUGGUGGUGGCCACCGGCGUGAACACGGAGAUCGGGAAGAUCCGUGACGAGAUGGCGGCCACGGAGCAGGAGAAGACGCCGCUGCAGCAGAAGCUGGACGAGUUCGGCCAGCAGCUGUCCAAGGUCAUCUCCAUCAUCUGCAUCGCCGUGUGGAUCAUCAACAUCGGCCACUUCAACGACCCCGUCCACGGCGGCUCCUGGAUCCGCGGCGCCGUCUACUACUUCAAGAUCGCCGUGGCGCUGGCCGUGGCCGCCAUCCCCGAGGGGCUUCCGGCCGUCAUCACCACCUGCCUGGCGCUGGGCACCCGCCGCAUGGCCAAGAAGAACGCCAUCGUCCGCAGCCUGCCGUCGGUGGAGACGCUGGGCUGCACCUCCGUCAUCUGCUCCGACAAGACGGGGACUCUGACCACCAACCAGAUGUCCGUGUGCAGAAUGUUCAUCCUGAACAAAGCCGACAGCGACGGCUGCUCUCUGUCGGAGUUCACCAUCACGGGCUCCACCUACGCUCCCGAGGGAGAAGUGUACCAGGACGGGAAGCUGGUGAAGACCUCGCAGCACGACGCCCUGGUGGAGCUGGCCACCAUCUGCGCUCUGUGUAACGACUCGUCGCUGGACUUCAACGAGGUGAAAGGCGUGUAUGAGAAGGUGGGCGAGGCCACGGAGACGGCGCUGACCUGCCUGGUGGAGAAGAUGAACGUCUUUGACACCGAGGUCAACAGUCUGUCCAAGAUCGACCGAGCCAACGCCUGCAACGCGGUGAUCAAGCAGCUGAUGAGGAAGGAGUUCACGCUGGAGUUCUCCAGAGACAGGAAGUCCAUGUCGGUCUACUGCACCCCCAACAAGUCCCGCUCCUCCAUGGGGAAAAUGUUUGUGAAGGGCGCCCCGGAGGGGGUCAUCGAGAGGUGCACCCACGUCCGGGUGGGCAACAGCAAGGUGGCGCUCAACCAGAACAUCAAGGAGAAGAUCAUGUCGGUGAUCCGGGAGUACGGGACGGGCCGCGACACGCUGCGGUGUCUCGCCCUGGCCACCAGGGACAGCCCCCCCAAGAUGGAGGACAUGGUUCUGGCAGACACGGCCAAGUUCUCCGAGUACGAGUCGGACCUGACCUUCGUGGGCUGCGUGGGCAUGCUGGACCCUCCCCGGCAGGAAGUGGCCGCCUCCAUCAAGCUGUGCCGGCAGGCGGGCAUCCGGGUCAUCAUGAUCACCGGCGACAACAAAGGCACGGCGGUGGCGAUCUGCCGCCGCAUCGGCAUCCUGACCGAGGACGACGACGUGGAGCGCAUGGCCUUCACCGGCCGCGAGUUCGACGAGCUGACGCCGUACGACCAGCGCGACGCCGUGACCCACGCCCGCUGCUUCGCCCGCGUCGAGCCGUCCCACAAGUCCAAGAUCGUGGAGUUCCUGCAGGGGUUUGACGAGAUCACGGCCAUGACGGGAGACGGCGUGAACGACGCCCCGGCCCUGAAGAAGGCGGAGAUCGGCAUCGCCAUGGGCUCCGGCACCGCCGUGGCCAAGUCGGCCUCCGAGAUGGUCCUCGCCGACGACAACUUCUCCUCCAUCGUGGCGGCCGUGGAGGAGGGCCGGGCGAUCUACAACAACAUGAAGCAGUUCAUCCGAUACCUCAUCUCCUCCAACGUGGGCGAGGUGGUGUGCAUCUUCCUCACGGCGGCCCUGGGCUUCCCCGAGGCGCUGAUCCCGGUCCAGCUGCUCUGGGUCAACCUGGUGACGGACGGCCUCCCCGCCACGGCGCUGGGCUUCAAUCCGCCCGACCUGGACAUCAUGGAGAAGCCGCCGCGCAACGCCAAGGAGCCGCUCAUCUCCGGCUGGCUCUUCUUCAGAUACCUGGCUAUCGGAGGAUACGUGGGCGCCGCCACCGUGGGAGCCGCCGCCUGGUGGUUCAUCGUGUCUGAAGACGGACCGCAGCUCACGCUCUACCAGCUGAGCCACUUCCUCCAGUGCGGCGCCGAUAACCCGGACUUCGACGGCCUGGACUGCCACGUCUUCGAGUCGCCCUACCCCAUGACCAUGGCGCUGUCCGUGCUCGUCACCAUCGAGAUGUGCAACGCUCUGAACAGCCUGUCGGAGAACCAGUCGCUGCUGCGGAUGCCUCCCUGGGAGAACGUGUGGCUGCUGGGCGCCAUCUGCCUCUCCAUGUCGCUCCACUUCCUCAUCCUCUACGUGGAGCCGCUGCCGGUCAUCUUCCAGAUCACGCCGCUGGACACCACCCAGUGGAUGAUGGUGCUGAAGAUCUCGCUGCCCGUCAUCCUGCUGGACGAGCUGCUAAAGUUUUUGGCCAGGAACUACUUGGACUUCGGUAAACAGGCGGAGAGGCCGGCGGGGAAGGGCCGCGGCCUGUCGGCGUGCGCCGACGGCAUCUCCUGGCCCUUCGUGGCCGUGUCGCUGCCGCUGGUGCUGUGGAUCUACAGCACCGACACUAACGUGUCCUCCAUGCUGUGGCCCUGACUGACCUCCGACCCCCCACACCCCCCGCCCCCCUCCCAGUGUGCACCGGUAUGAAGUGGACAUUAACAAACACAUCUAACAGAGUUAACUCGGAGCAACGCGUCGUUCCUCCCCAGUAAACACACGUACACACACACACACACACACACACAUCCAGGUGGGAGCUUUAGUCAUAUUUUAAUGACUGACGUGUUUCAUUUCGCCGUCACGCUUCUGCCCUUUCUCUCUCUCUCUUGCGCGCCGUGGUGAACACUUAGAGGAGCUGUGUGUGUUCAGCUGUACAGAGGACUUACACUCUUUUAUAACCAUUGGUAAUAUUUUGUAAUGUUUGGGGGGGGCGGGGCUGUGGGGACCAGAAUGUGAAGAGGAAGCCAUCCAGGGGACCGUGUGUGGUGAAACAUUAUCUUUGGAGGGCAGAAACGUGACUUUAUUGGCCCCUAGAGCACCAAUCGAUCAUGUUUUUUUCUUUUCAACUCGUUAUUUUCUGCAUUAGGCAGAACACAGCUACCUCAAUGCUGUUAAUAUGACCACAAACCCCCGUCUGGGUGAACACACACACUCAUAGAUCAUCAUUGGAAGUGUUGAGGUAAGCACCAAUUUGACAAAGCCCUCACACACACACACACACACACACACACACACGCACGCACACUCAGUUCUACUUUUAUACGUAUAAUUUUCUUUUCCUCUGUUAUUUGAGGGAAGAGAGGACAAAGACGUGUUACCAUUACGAUUCAGAGAUUUCUUUUGUUUUAUACAGUCUGUUUAUUUGCCUUGUUGUGUUUUCAUUCAGCAGUAGUCUUUAUAAUGUAUGUAAAAUGUGCACAUACUGUACUUGAAUAUGUAAAAAGGCACCAAGAAGCUGUCAGUGUGAGCAGCUGAGCACAACGUGGACAGUUUGUACGGGAGCUCGGCUCGAACCACAGCGUGUAAAUCUGUACAUAGCACACAGCGUAGAGUCUGUACCCUGCAGGUUAGAGCCGGUCCAGGCGCUCCGCUCGCCCCCGUGCAUGCCCCCGGCGGCCAUGUUUUUUAAUAGCUAACUGUGUGUUUCCUCCAAUGCCCGCCGCCCGUUUACCUACAGCGUGAGUACACUUUGACCCUGCAUGCUGGAGCACGGCAGCUGUGUGUGUGUACGUGCGUGUGUGCGCUCGCAGCUUUGCAGCCGUGAUGAUUUCCAUGAGGUUUACAGAGAAAACUGAUGGCGGUGGUACAAACGUGGAGAGAUUCCUGGUUUAUGUUUUCUUUUUUGCACGCAGUCACACAAAAUACGACGGGAGGGAACCCAGUGCUCAGAGAGAACAUGCAAACUCCGCACAGAACGGCCCUCAAGCCCAACACUAAACACCAGAGAGCGUGGAUCAGAAGCAGAAAAUUCACACAGUGAAACAGCGUUUCAUAAACAUAAGGCCGGCGGCCCAAAACUGGCCCAAACAAACGGUCACAGAACAACAUUUCACUGAAUUUUGCACCAGAAAGUCAUAAACCGGCUUCAUGUUGAGAUCACAGUCAUUUCUUUGGUAUUCAUUGUGAAACAUUUUCGCAAAAACACGACAUUUUCAAACCAGUGUGCCCGUUCACACGGCAACGACUUCAAGUGGAAACGCCAAACUUUUGGAAGCUUUCUGGAAACGCUCGGGCUCCGUCCGCCGUAAACAGCAGCUCUGCACAUGCUCAGUAGAUGGACAGUCAGAACGAUGCUUAAACGGCCUUAACCUGUCUGUCAGCUCUUGAAGACGUUUGAGGUUUUAAAUGCCUUCAAUGUCCCGAAGUGCCUGAGCAGAAACCUUCGGGCUGCAUGUUUUCGCCUCAGACUUGCUGGUUUGUUUGCUUCCUGCGCUCGGCUGCAGCAUGGCCUUUGGAUCGGAGUGUGUGUGUGGACGGUCUUUAAAGUCUGGGUUUUGAUUCUCCUUCUCUUUCUCUCUUUCUCUUCGCAGUAAAGGCCAAGUAAGCCCGCCUCUCCUCUAGGUUCCUUGCAGAAACUUUGGUUUUGUUUGGUGUUGUGCAUGUGUGUUUUGGGCAGCGCAUGUCCGUUGGGUGAAACCGCGACAGGGGCUCAUCAAACUUCAUGCAUCUUAUUUUUUUUCUUCUUCAUUUUUUAAUGAUACGACGGCCAUAAACGAAUGUGUGAAGGAAACUGGCCGGUCCCACCUCAUCGCUCCUCCCGUCUGCCUGCAUGAAGAUGCUAAUGCUAACGUCCAGGUCGCGGUUCCGUGCACGGACAGCUGUGCGUUACUCCUGGUGCAUGUCCGCUCAGCCCUCCUCAGCCUCCUGUAAUAGACUGUAUAGCAGUGGUAAAUAGAUUAUAGAGCAUCCGUCGGGUAGUACAAACCUCCAAUAAGCUCAAACAACACUUCAUCUUUCCUAAGGAAAUACUUUUAUGGGAUAUUUAAAGAACAAAACAAACCAAACAGACUUUUCGUUGUUUUUCUUUGUUUUGCGCUGAGUCGUGCAACGUGUUCGGAGCAGAUUUUUGACCAGGAGCGCGACGGACGGGCGGGCAGGCCGGCGGUCGCUUCACCGGCGCGGUUUCUGCCAAACUGCUGUACUGUAUUUUCAGAAGAUGAUUGUACGAAGUGUCACAUGAACUUUGGUUUCAGGUAAAUAAAAACUGUCAUACAUGAAGAGUU